AUGACGUUUCGGAUGCUGCUAUUUCUGCAUCGUAAAGAGGGCAUUACACACGCCGAGUUCAAAGAUCACUAUGAGUACGUCCACGUUCCCCUCACGAGGGAACUCACCGGCUCGCUGUUUCCGCUGUUGCACUCGCGAAAGUACAUCGAGCGUUCGCCUGACGAUGGCAAGCCCGUUGUGCUCAUGGGAGAAAAUGUGGAGCACGAGGCAGACGCCGUAGUGGAAGUUGUGUUCAAGGACGACGAUGCCGCGCAGGCAUUCUUCGCAGCGACAAACAGCGGAGAGGCUGCAGAGAGGCUGAAAAUGGACACAGACCAAUUUCUGGAUAGAGGGAAAAUAAGGGCCGUGAAAAUUUCAGGGUCUUUCGAGACGCGCGAAGAGACAUGA